AUGGAGUUGGCUCCGAGCUGGCGCGGCGGGACCGCUGGGGCUGCUGCUCUGGGCGCGGGGGCCGGGGGCGACCUGACUCCUGGCUCGUGCCGAGCUCGCCGGGGACCCGAGUGGCGGGCGAGGCGGGACGGCGCGGUGUCCUUGCGGGCGGCGCCUCCGCGGUGCUGGCAGCCUCUGCCUAAACGGAGCCCGGCGGCACACGCGAAGAGGUGGCGGGCAGGCACGGGGCCGGGUGCGGAGACAGAGCGGGCGCCCUUCCCUCGCAGCGGACUGGAAACGACUGGGAGCUCCCCUCCCCCCAUGCAACCCAACUUCAGCCCCCGCGCCGCACCCCCCUUCCCCGGCCCGGCUCGAUUGGCCGCUUCCCGAGCUGUCAGGCUGGAGUCCACCGAUCUUAUUGGACGAUUCUCCGGCCGCGCGGCGGUGCCCAAGGAGGGCGCACCCGGCUGGGGGCGCCGGGCAGCGAAGGUCGCAGGGCGCCGGGGACUGGAGUCCCAGGAGGGGUCAAGGGAGACCGAGACAGCCAGACCAGGAAAUGGACCGUGAAGGUGGAGAGAAUGGGAGUCUCGGAGGCGAAGAAAGACAGUCACUGAAAAGAUGGAGAUGCUGAGGGUGAGGCUGAUGCAGCCAAGACGAGGGGAUAGUACCUCCUGGGUGGGUAGUUAGCCAGAGGGAGCCCAGAUAGCACUCGGCAGACCUGGGCUGUGUGGAGAACUCUUCACCAGUUCUAUAUAAGGGAUACCAGAUGUGCCCAGAGGAAUUUGACACACACUCCUCUCAUAACCCUAGGAUGUGAAAGGAGGGACACAAGGCCUGAAAGCUUUGCCCCAGUUUAUAGAUGCAGAAGUUUAGGUUCUGAGAACUUGAGCUACAAGCACUAAAUCACAAAGG